AAUACUCCUGCGUAAGCUUCGUCGGGGGACGGAGGCGAUGGUUUGUGUGCUUCACAUUCUUUUGGGAGACGGUACCGAUGGCACUGCCUUCCUCAGGUUCCUGGGAAACCAUUUAAAACCUAGAAUCUUACAGUAUGGCGAUGGAGUGUCUUAAAAAUUGUUUCAAGACCUUUCCACACAAGAUCAAAGACACUGGAUCCCAAGCGAGAUCAUCUUCAGCAUUGAAAACAGACCCAAGGCGUCUUCCCUCCGAAAACGUGAUCAGAGAUUCCGGGGACUACUUCCUGUCCAAGCUCCCUGCAGACGGGAGAGAUGUACCCUUUGUGCUUCCUGCCUUCAAGUCUUCUUACGUCCAGCCUAGUGGCAACCAGUACCCUGUUUAUGGGGAUGAUCUGCACUACUCGACUAGAAGGGCCUACGCAGACCGGAAAGCUGAGCUGUCAAGGACAAAUCACAUUGUCUACAAUCCGUGCUACUCUCUGAACCAGAGCACCCUGGCUGAUCUUCCCGGAUCCUCACGCCACUCCAUAUCCAAGAACAAUGUUAUGGGCACAUAUGGAUCUGUUUGCGAUUUGAAGAGCGAGAAAGCAGCCAUUAGCAACUCCGUGUUAGACCUUACUCACCUUCCGAAUCACGUGCAGUGUUAUGACUCAGUAUCCAGUGUCAGGAGUAGUGUUUCCUCUGUGAGAGACUCCCCUGGAAGCAGCCGUAGCCUUGAGUCCAUUACGCUUUCGGGGGAUGAGAGGGAGAAAGGCAGGUUGAGCAUAAGGUUGAGUUACCAGGAGGCCCGAGAGCAGGUCUGGAUAACACUCCUACAGUGUAAAGACCUGUAUUUCCCAGUGGUGUUUGGAGAACAGCAGAAGAUUGGAAUCAAAGGCAUAAUUACUACAGCCAAGCCAGUACAGUUCAAGAGCUCCAUCAAGGAGGCCACUCCUGAUCUGGAGAUAAUGGAGACGUUUGUCUUCAGUCUGUCUCUGAAGCAGCUGCACGGUGUAGGUCUGGUGUUCCGGCUUCAGACGUAUCUCCCUCAAAAGUGCACGCUGGGCGAGUGUGCAGUGUCAUUACGGCAACUGGGACCCAGUGAAACCCUGCACUGGUUGGACAUCCAUGCACCAUCCAAAGCUUCGAUCUGCCAUGCGGAGCUACAGAUUUCCACGUGUUUCCAGGCUGUCUGUGGUCGGAUUCAGCUCCAGGUGCUGGGAGCCCGAAAUGUCCCGAGUUCUUCUGCACCGUUCAGCCAAAGCUUCUUUGUUAAGGCAGAGAUGUAUUCCUUGGGUAAGCUUAUCACCAAGAAAAAGACCCGAGCUCUGAAGUCACCAGGGGGGCAAGUGCAGUGGUCAGAAACAUUCCUGUUUCCUUUGACAACUCAAGAACAAGGUGUUUGCUUUUCUGCCAAACUGUACAGUCGCAGCUCUGUGCGCAGGAAGCAGUUCUUGGGCCAGGUGAACCUUGGAUUUGAGAAUAGCACUUCUGACGCUGUCGAGCAGUGGAGGGACACCAUUGCACACCCUGAGAAGGUGGUUUCUGUGUGGCACAAGCUGAGUCGAGAGGACGGAUGUAUAUCUAAACAGUAACCCCUACCCUGGUCAGGCGUCAUCAUCCAGUUUUUGGGUACACAACCAGUCCUUUAUGUUGACGCAUAUGCAUACUUUGGCGGUGCUCUUCUGAAGUACUUCAAAAUGGUGACACAUGUGCUUUGCUUAGAACUUCAGCUGCUGAGUAUAUUUAGUUUACCCUGGGGUGGUUUGCUUCUGAGGAGUAGAUUUGCUCAUCCUGUGGCUUUGUAGUAAUUAUCCUAUCAGAUGUGCAUGGUUGAAUCCCGGACAAUACAGAAACUCUGUCAGGAAGCAUGGAGCCCAUACCAUAAGAGAGAGAAUAAUAGUCGCUUUGGCCGGAGCUUACUGAGAAGGGCGGAUGAUGUCACAGUUGGGAGGGGUGUGUAUCUUUAUUCUGAUUGGUCAGUUGUGUUUUGAUUGACAGGUCCAGGUGGGCGUGUUCCUUUAUGCUGUCAGAUGUGUUUCACAGAUAGGGCCACAUGGGUACAUGUGCCGUUAUGCUGAUAAGUGAUAAGUGUUUCACAGAUAGGACCCAAUAAACUUUAAGAGAAUAAAAAGACAUUACCUGUAUUUAUAAAUGUGCUAUUUUAGUUAUUUUAAUAAAUUUAAGGGAUGAAAAACAUUAGGUCAAGUUUUUGCAGACUUCACACAACCAGACCCCGCAAGGAGCUCGACCGACCCAUUGUCACCUCCACCGGUCAGCUUAACACAGCUAAAUCGUACAUGGUCACAACACAAGCCGGCGAGACAGUGCAAGGGCUCUGGAUAACAUAUUCUCGCAACAUGAUUAUGUCAGGAGAUUGUUCCCGGCCUUGCCCACAGUCUCUGGGGAGUAGGUCCGGACAACCGCUGCGUCUCUGAACAGAACAUACGCACAAAUAUUUAACGACAUUUAGUUGGAAUAAAGCACUAUAACUUAAAUAGUGUAUGACAAAUUACCAUAAAAUGUUUAACCCAAUAAGAUUUAAAGAAUAAAAACUUAAAAAUUUAGUUGUAUUUCGUUAGUUUAUUUUAAAUAGGAUGGGUUUAUUUAAUGACAUUUAAUAACUGUAGGAACUAGUGAGGGGGGCGGCAUGGUGGUGCAGUGGUUAGCACUGUUGCCGGGUUCGAGUCUCCGCCUGGGUCACAUGUGUGUGGAGUACUCCGAUUUCCCCCCACAGUCCAAAAACAUGCUGAGGCUAAUUGGAGUUGCUAAAUUGCCCGUAGGUGUGCAUGUGUGAGUGAAUGGUGUGUGAGUGUGCCCUGCGAUGGGCUGGCCCCCCAUCCUGGGUUGUUCCCUGCCACGUGCACAUUGAUUCCGGGAUAGGCUCCAGACCCCCCACAACCCAGUAGGACAAGCGGUUUGGAAAAUGGAUGGAUGGAUGGAACUAGUGAGUAGCAUUUAGCAACAAGCAUUAAAAACAUAUUUUUAAAAAGAAUAAAGCCUUAGUUAUUUUAAUAAACACGCUUUUUUCAGUAAUGUUUGUACACGCUCAUGCGCACACACAUGCACACACGCACACACACAUCCUGGAGGUCGGGG